AUGAAUGAGAUCUGCGCUUUAUUAAAAGAAUACAAUGAAAGUGACACUGAAGGAAUAAUAGAUUUAUUCAAAGAAUGCAGUGUUAACCCAAAAGAUAAAACGGAAGUUCACGCUAAACUCAAAGAACUGGACUAUUCUAAACUGAUGGCAUUUGAUGCUAAUGGGUUGUACGCAGAAGGUGAAUAUCCUAAAGCAGAAAGUGCCAGACCUUUUCGACUAGAGGAAAAUGAAAAAUUUGUCAAGCUCUUUAAUGAGCAGAAAUUCAGACCUAGAACUGCUAUUUUAAAAGUCUGGUUUAAAUAUCCUACCAACAUGUUCUUUCAACCCAUACCAGCUAAAGAUAAAAUAACUUUUACGAAUAUAAUAGGUAAGAAGGAAACUGGCACUAAAAUCAGGUUUAGAAAUGGUUUCUGUUCAGAUGUUUUAACAUCGGUUGAUAUUCAAGAAAUAGUGAAAUCCGGUAGUAAAAUUAUUAAAAUAUUAGAUGGAAUAGUAUAUGAAGACAAUUUUAAAACUCCACCAUACAGAGAUUAUAUUUUAAUUUUGAAGGAAUUAAGGAAUAAAUACAAAAAAGAAGGAGAUAAUUGCAUGAAUUUAUUAGGUAAUUCCUUAUACAGUAAAUCUAUUCAGAAGGAUAUAAAUACAUCGAGACAUCUAUGGAGUGAAGCGACUUUUAAAGCCAACUAUGAUUCACACGUCAAAAGCUAUGAAAAAGUAAAUGAGACCCAAUAUAUCGUUCAGAUUAAUGACGAAGAAAAAGAGUUUGUUCCUCCAAAGGAUUUUACUAGAUUAACACCCGCUCAUUUAGGUGCAUUUAUAUUAUCUCACAGUAAAAAAGUUAUCUGA